UAUGCGACCUAUGAAGUUGUGAUAAGAUUGAUUAGCCACUGACAAGUGACAAUAUAGACUCUCUAUAGUAUCAGUAUACACUUGUAGUAAACUAGUAACUAAACUAACGGCAUUGAACAUUCUUAAUUUCUAACUAACUAGAUAUUUUCAUGUUUUUUAGUUAAAUUUAAUAGUUAAUUUAUUGUUAUUCGUAUACAGUGGUUUUUUGGUAAAUAAAAUAUGUUUACAAUGGAAGACCUAAAGUUAACUAUUACUACUGAAGUAUGUACAUCCAACAUCAUAAAAUAUAUUAGUACUAAAACUGGUAUGCCACCAACCGACUUUUACUUGCUCUCUAAUGGAAAAAUAUUAAAUGGAACUACGAUACAAUCUGCUACUAUCAAUAUAGUACCACGGUUACUGGGAGGUAAAGGAGGUUUUGGAUCUAUGUUACGAGCAAUUGGUGCUCAAAUUGAAAAGACAACAAACCGUGAAGCAUGUCGUGACUUAAGUGGGAGACGUUUACGCGAUAUCAAUGAAGAAAAACGAGUGAAAGAGUUUUUAGCAAAAGGUGGCCCAUCAACAGAAGAUCCUGAAGAGCGUAAAAAACGUAAACUACAACGUUUGUGUCAAGCACCAAAAACUGAAUUUAAAGACGAACAUUAUGAAAAAAAGAUGUCUGAAAUGACAGAAUCUGUAUCUGAUGCAGUAGAAUGUGGUUUCAAAGCUGGCACAUCAGAACCUCCUAAAAAGAAGAAGAUACGAUCUAAAGGAUAUUUUGAUUCUGAUUUGGACACAGAUAGUAGCGACAACUCAGAUGAAGAAAAAAAUGAUAGUGUUAAAAAUAAAUCAUCAAAUGAAGAAUCUUUAGACACAGACAAAACUAAUAAACGAAAAACUUCUGAAUUGGAAGAAGACACAUCUAUUUUAAUUAAAAAAGUAAAAUCUAGUAAUAAUUAAAUUUAUAGAAAAGUACUUGUACAUUUUUUUACCUAUAACUUUAUAACUCAGUAUUUUGACAGAUGUUAAAUAAAUAAGAAUUUUGAU